AUGGCGCCCGGCGUCCGCGUGGCCUUGGCCGCUGCGCUGUGGAUCGUGCUGCUGGGGCCGGCCGCUGGGGACGAGCGCACGCAUCAGUACAAAAUUGGCGAGCCUGUCAUACUGUGGGUCAACAAGAUCGGCCCCUACAACAACCCCCAAGAAACCUACAACUAUUUCUACCUGCCGUUCUGCCGGCCUGUCCCAAAGAGUGGAAAGGAGCGCAACUGGGGGAACCUAGGCGAGGUGUUGGAGGGCAACGAGCUUGUGAACAGUGGCCUGGCGAUUAAAUUCAGAGAGAACAUCACCAAGACAGAAUUUUGCAGCCAGCCAUUGGAUGGGAAUCAAGCCGAACGGCUACAGAGGGCUGUCCGCGAUCGCUACUGGUAUGAGAUGUUCGUCGAUGAGCUGCCAAUGUGGGGUUUUGUCGGGGAGGCACGGCGCUCCCCGGAGUCAGGCAAGAGCCAGGAGCAGAUCUAUUUGCACAAGGACUUUCGCAUUGGCUACAAUAAGGACAGGAUAAUCGAGGUUGCCCUUGGCUGCAACGAUCUGGUCCCCCUGCAGCCUGGGGUUGACCUGCAUUUCACAUAUUCUGUGUCCUGGGUGGAGACAGACGUCCCCUUCACCCGCAGGUUUGAGCGCUACUUGGACCAAGGCUUCUUCGAGCACAAGAUCCACUGGUUCUCCAUACUGAACUCCUUCCUCAUGGUGGUCUUCCUGAUCGGAGUGGUAGCCAUGAUCCUGCUGCGCACGCUGCGAAAGGACUACGCAAAGUACACGCUGGACCUGAAUGACAUGGACUCACUGGAGCAAGAGAUAUCGGAGGAGUCUGGUUGGAAGCUGGUGCACGGCGAUGUGUUUCGGCCACCACCACGCCUGCCCCUGCUGUCAGCACUCGUCGGCACCGGCGUGCAGCUGUCCGUGCUGUUCUUUUUCGUCCUGCUGAUCACGAUCGCAGGCACCCUCUUCGAGUCCCGUGGCACCAUCCUAACCUCCCUCAUCGCCUGCUACACCAUCACCUCCCUCAUCGGUGGCUACACCAGCGGCGGCUUCUACGCCCGCCAUGGCGGCACAGCCUGGAUCCGCACCAUGGUCCUCACGGCCUGCCUCUUCCCGGGCGCCCUCUUCCUCAUCGCCUUUGUCCUCAACACCAUCGCCAUCGCCUACCACUCCCUCUCCGCCGUGCCCUUUGGGUCCAUCGUCCUGGUGCUGCUCCUGUGGGCUGGCAUAUCCCUGCCGCUCUGCCUGGCAGGCACUGUGCUGGGACGCAAUUGGGCGGGCAUUCCGUCCACUCCAUGCCGUGUCAAGCGCAUUCCCUCUGCCAUCCCCUGCAAGCCCUGGCACCUCACACCGCCGGCGAUCAUCCUCGCCUCAGGCCUGCUGCCCUUCGGCAGCAUCUUCAUCGAGCUCUACUUCAUCCUGACGUCUUUCUGGAACUACAAGGUGUACUAUGUGUACGGCUUCAUGCUUCUGGUAUGGACCAUGCUGCUGAUUGCCACCGUGUGCGUCUCCGUAGUGGGCACCUACGUGCUGCUCAACGCGGAGAACUACCACUGGCAGUGGACGGCCUUCCUGGCGUCCGCGUCCACGGCGGCCUACGUCUUUGGCUACUCGGCGUAUUACUUCAUAUACAGGACGACCAUGACGGGCCUGUUGCAGACGUGCUUCUACUAUGGCUACACGCUGAUGGUGUGCCUGGGGCUGGGCGUGUCCUGCGGGGCGGUGGGGUACUUUGCCGCAUCCACAUUCGUGCGGCAGAUCUAUCGGAACAUAAAAUGCGACUGA